AGAAAAAAAUAAAAUAAUGAAAGUCUAACAAAUUCUAAUGGUAUCGAUCACAAGUCAAACAAAUUCCAUUUGGUAUCGAUCAGAAGUCUAAUAAAUUCUAAUGGUGUCGAUCCAAGUCUCCGACCACUACCUUGUAUCCUUUUCCCUCUCGCUCUCAUCCAACACUUCCCACACUGCCCCUACUCGGAUGGUAUCGCGCCGUCCCAACCUUCGCUCUCUCUCCCCCGCUACUCUCUCCUCUUCCAUCCUAUCAUCUCUUCCCUCUGCUCAAACCUUCUCCAACCUAUCUCCUGAUUCUGCCUCCUCAACCCUCCUCUCCUCCCUUUCUGCAUCCUUUGACUCUCUAUGUCCCCUAUCCUCCAGGCCGGCUCGGUCCUCCCCUCCCGCUCCGUGGCUCGACGACUCAUUGCAAGCUCACAGAACAGGGCUCCGGGCAGCCGAGCGGAAAUGGAGGAAAACUCGCCUCCCUGCGGACCUGGCAUCCUUUCACUCCCUCCUCUCUACAUUUUCCUCCUCUGUCUCUGCUGCUAAAGCCACUUUCUACCACUCUAAAUUCCAAGCAUCUGCCUCUAACCCUAGGAAGCUCUUUGCCACCUUCUCCUCCCUCCUGAAUCCUCCUCCCCCUCCCCCCUCCUCCCUCUCUGCAGAUGACUUCGUCAACCAUUUUGAAAAGAAGGUCGACGACAUCCGAUCCUCGUUUGCUAAGUCAAACGACACCGCUGGUUCUGCUCACACUGCCCUACCCUGUACUCUGACCUCUUUCUCCCCUCUCUCUCCAGAUGAAAUCUCGCGUCUUGUGACGGCCGGCCGCCCAACAACCUGCCCGCUUGACCCUAUCCCCUCCUCUCUUCUCCAGACCAUUUCCGGAGACCUUCUCCCUUACCUCACCUCGCUCAUCAACUCAUCCCUGACCGCUGGCUACGUCCCUUCUGUCUUCAAGAGAGCGAGAGUUGCACCCCUUCUGAAAAAAACCUACACUCGAUCCCUCCGAUGUCAACAACUACAGACCAGUAUCCCUUCUUUCUUUUCUCUCCAAAACUCUUGAACGUGCCGUCCUUGGCCAGCUCUCCCGCUAUCUCUCUCAGAAUGACCUUCUUGAUCCAAAUCAGUCAGGUUUCAAGACUAGUCAUUCAACUGAGACUGCUCUUUGUAUCACGGAGGCGCUCCGCACUGC